AUGCGUCCGGGCCGCGGCGUUCAAGAUAUGGCACCACAGGAGAGCACCAAGCUGCUAACCACCAAAACAACUGUUGAGUUUCCUAAAAAGUUGUCUCCUAGUUCUCACCCACCACCUGCAAAUAAAGGUGAGAUUAUAGCUAGUCCUUACCCUGAUGAAGCUUUAAAGUUAACAGAUGAAGAUAUGAGGAAAUGCAUAUCAAGGAAAACUUUGGUAAUGUUUCCUCAGAGAAUAACUCUUUCUUCACAUGAGGGGAAAGGUAUUAGCACAACAGCUGGAGGUCUGAACAAGAACUUAGUUGAGGAAAAAAGCUCAUCUUCAUCCAGCUCCGAUUCAGAUUCUAGUUCUGAUUCUGAAGAAGAUACAAAUGUUGCCCCUAAAGUCAGAGGGGUAUUUCCAAGACUAGAUCCCCACUUCUUUAAAAAUGGUAAAGUGAAGAAAACAACAUUGGUUGAACAGAGAUUGUCCCAGAAAACUGAUGAAGAAUAUGCACCUACAAAGGAAUCUCUCCUAUCAAAAAUUGAGUUGCCCCACACCAAGCAGAUACAGUCUACUCAAACAUCAACAACCAAUGAUAGAAUAAAAUCAAAACCAAGAGUGUCUACCAUAAAACAAACAUCAAAAGAAAUAGAAAUACAGAAGCUAAUUUCAAAAAUACUUGAUUUAAAAAGCCAAAAGUUAACAGAAGUCAGUCUUAAGAACACAAACCUCCUGAAGGAAUCGACCACUGAAGCCCAAGCAGUAGCUACACAGCUAAAAGAUGUACCAGUAACUAAGGAUACAAAGCCAAAGCUGACCUUAGGUGGAGAAGAAAGCAAGACAAAGAUGCAGGAGCCUGAAACUCAAGAAAUAGCUGCUCCUAAACUACACAAGGAACUUUUGAAAACUACAGCAAUGGCAGUAGACGGUACAGCAAAGAAAGAAAUCACUCAAGAAGCAGGAACUCAGACUGAAAUGAAUGGCACUAUACAGGAGAUAAAAACGGCUGCUGCAUCUGCUCCAGAGGAAUUUGAUAAUUCAACCUACAAGAACCUCCAGCAUCAUGAAUAUCAUAUGUAUACCUUUGUGGAUUUUGACGUAUAUCUGUCAAAAUUCAGACAGCCUCAGCCAUCUUCUGGAAGAAUUUCCCCUUGGCAGUAAAAGAGAAGAUUAAAACAAAUGUUCCGGGAUUCUUGAUGAAUAGCGCAACAUCCAUAUUCAAAUAAAUCAGUUAACUUGCAGUAAUUUAUGCUUAUGUUUAUGACAAGGUCAUUUUGGCUGCUAGAGUUGCUUAGUUUGUGGUUAAUAUUGAACUCAUUCACGGUAAUAAUCCUGAUUUUUGGUUUUGUUUUAAUAGCUUUUCUUGAUCCUAGUGCACAUUGUCUGCUAAUAGGGAAGAUCAUUUCAGCUGACCUUCAGAUAUUGUUGACUCCAAUAUAUGACCUAGAUUGUACCUUUUGAUUAGUGUUUUCUGUUUUGAAGGAAAUCAGUUAUUAUAAUGGACAUCUGUUUGUCCAGAAAUCA